AUGCAAUAUACUUGUAAUUCAUGUAAUUUAGCUUUUCCGGCUCCAGAGGACCAAAGGGUCCACAUGAAAUCGGAUUGGCAUCGUUAUAAUUUAAAGAGAAGAGUCGCUGAACUACCACCCAUAGAUGAAAAUCUAUUCAAUAGUAAAGUAUCGUCAUUAUCCAUUACCGAAAAUGGAGCAGACAAUAAUAAUGAAGAAAAGAUGAAGAAUAAAGCUCAAUUAACCAAAAAAGAAAUUAGAAGAAGGGAAAAGGAAGUACUUCAAGCCAAAAAGAAACAGAUUUUAGAAACCGCAAGAGAAGCAAUGAUUGCCAAGAUGAAAGAACAAAAUAGAGAUAAUGAUAGCCCAUCAGAGAGCAUACAGGAGGACGAAUUAAUAUCGAUAAGAGAUAUGAAACUUGACGACAAUAAUUCGGACACUAAAAAUGAAUCAACACCUGAGCAACAAGAGGAGCACUUAAUGAAGGAAAAGCUUUCGAAUAGCGUUGAAAUACCAGUAACCACAUGUUUAUUCUGUCAUGCGAAACAGAAGGCAAAUUUCGAUGAUAUUGAAUCUAAUAUUCAACAUAUGUUCGUAAUGCAUGGUCUUUAUAUCCCAGAAAGAAAAUAUUUAGUCGAUGUGGAAGGCUUGAUCAAAUAUUUAGGAGAAAAGAUUGGUCUCGGAAAUAUAUGUCUCUGUUGUUCAUACCAAGGUAAAAAUAUCGAAGCUGUUAGAGAACAUAUGUUAAAUAAAAGACACAUGAGAUUGCCUUACGAAACUGAAGAUGAAAAAUUAGAGGUUUCAGAGUUUUAUGACUUUAGCUCAACUUAUGAUGAUGAUGCUGUUGAUAAUAAACCUGUAAAUGAGGAAGAUUGGGAAGAUGUCUCGGAGGACGAAGAGGAAGCGGAUGAUUAUAGCGAUGAAGAAUUAUCUCCGGCUGAUAGUGCACUUUAUCCAAACGGCCACGAACUUGUUUUACCGUCAGGAGUGGUCGUUGGACAUCGUUCACUUGCAAGAUACUACAGACAAAACUUAGCUCCAGAACGUGUAUUAUCAGAAGGUCAAGGUACUGUUAUUGCAGCUGAAACAAGACAUAUGUUAAAUAUCAAAGACAGAGAAGUCUUGGCAACACAGAAGAGAGCUUGGGGUAGAGAAAAGAAAAGGGAGGAUGUUAAUGAUAGAAGAGCUGCUAAGUUCGUUAAUAACCAGCCACAUUACAGAGAUCAAUUAUUACAGUGA